UUGACCCCAACAAGGAGCGUCGGGAGGCUGUGAAGCGGAAGAUCACACAGUACCUGAGGCGCGCGGAGGAAAUCUUCAACUGCCACCUCCAGCGGGCUGCAGGGGGUGGUAACCCCGCUGCCACGGGUUACAGCAGCCUGCGCUUCCGGCCGAUCAGGACGCUGAGCUCAGCAGUGGAGAACCUGAGACGGUGUAAGGUUGUGGGAGUGAUCGAUAAGGUGCAGAUCGUCCAGGAUUUGGCCACUGGUGGGACCUUUAUACUUAAGAGCCUCCCCAAAUCCCAUGUUGAGACGCGCGAACGACAGACCAUCAUACCUCAUGGGGUCCCCUUCAUGGUCAAGCUGUUGUGCUACUAUGUGAGUGAGGAUUCCAUCUUCCUCCACCUGGAGCAUGUGCAGGGGGAGACACUGUGGUCUCAUCUCCGCUCCAAGUACUGUGUCCAGCAGGGCUCUGCCGAUUCAAACACCGUUCAAGCCCUGAACUGUGGUAGAGAGGAUGGCAUGGGAAGCUCCCAGGGCAGCAGCCAAAUCUCCAUCUUCUCUUCUCGGACAGGCAGUGGCCUCCCAGGCUUUGCGACCCACCGAGUAUUGGGAAACACUGGUGCCUCGCCCCCUCAGGAGCAGUCCCCCGACCCCAUGGACCCCGGCUCGGGGGACCACUGCCAGCUUUGCCUGGCUCCCGCCAGCAGCACGCGGGUUGCACCUGGAGGGCAGGAUCUAGGCAUGACACAGGCUGUGCCUGGCGUCAUGGACCAUGUUCCAGCAGCAUCAGCUGAAUGCCGCGGCCACCUUACCAACCAGGGCCUGGUCGUCUACCGCUGGGACACACUAACCAGUGGCACAGGCUGCGUGUCAGAGAGAGCAGCCUCCCAACAAGACCCCAAGCUUCCCCAGACACCUGCCCCCAUACCGAAGACUGUGAGAGGGGGCCAGCCAGGGGCAGCGGAGCCACUGUCUCAGCCAGUGUCUGAGGUCCCCUGGGCUCAGCCCCUCCUGAGCUCAGGUCAGAGGCAGCUUCAUGCAGGAGUUGCCCCGUCCAGCUCUGGCAAACCCUGUGGGCCUGACCCAGUGGUGCGGGAGCCCUCACGGGGAGCAAGCCUGACCUGCAGCCAGCUCAGUGAGCAGCCGCAAUCAGGACAGCGUGGGGCUUUGGCUUCCCGUGGGCAUGGCCAGAGAGCGUGGGCUGUGAAGGAGGAGCAGGUGCAGCUGUGGGCAGCAGAAAUCCUCCUGGCCUUAGAGGGACUUCACCAACAGGGUGUAUUGUGCCGGGACCUCAACCCCAGGAACCUGCUACUUGAUGCAGCCGGUCACGUCCGUCUCACCUUCUUUGGCCAGUGGACAGAUGUGGAGCCCCAAUACUGCAGCCAGGCACAGGAAGAGCUCUACAGUGCCCCAGAAGUCGGGGGGAUCACAGAGCCCACCGAAGCAGCUGACUGCUGGAGCUUUGGCUCUCUCUUGUAUGAGUUGCUGACAGGAGUGCCACUGUCCCAAAACCACCCUUCAGGGAUUCAACCUCACACCCCACUGCAUCUGCCGGAGGGGCUCAGCCUGGCUGCUACAUCGCUGCUCACUGAGCUUCUGCAGUACAACCCGAAGCGGCGCUUGGGUUCUGGAGGAGGUGGCGUGGCAAAGCUGAAGUCCCACUCCUUCUUUAGUGCCGUCCCGUGGAACAGGCUGGUGGGCUAG